AUGCGUGUGUUUGUUACUGGUGCAACAGGAUUUAUUGGCUCUGAAGUAGUGAGACAGCUUAUUGCAGCCGGACAUGAAGUAAUUGGUCUAGUGCGUUCAGAGGAAAAUGCUGCAAAACUCAAAGCUGCUGGAGGUACGCCUCAUUUUGGCACAAUUGAGGACUUAGAUAGUCUGAAGAGUGGAGCAGCACAUUCUGAUGGAGUUAUCCAUACGGCCUUUAUUCAUGACUUUAGCAAGUAUCAAGAGGCUUGCAACACGGAUUCUCGUGCAAUUGAAACUAUUGGUGAAGCCCUUAAAGGAUCUGGCCGUCCCUUAGUUACAACUUCUGGAACUAUAGUGCUUCCUCUGAAUGGUAAGUUAGGCACAGAGGUAACCCAAGUUCCUCAACCAUCAGUCCCACGUCACCUUGGAGAAAUGAUGACUUUGAAACUUGCUUCUCAAGGAGUGCGUUCCUCAGUUGUCCGCCUUCCACCAAGCGUUCACGGAGCCGGCGAUUAUGCAUUUGUGCCAAUGCUUAUCAAUACGGCGAAAACUAAGGGUGUAUCUGCUUAUAUUGCCCAAGGUACAAAUCGUUGGCCUUCCGUUCAUAGAAAAGAUGCUGCCAAUUUAUUUAUAUUGACUCUUGAAAAAGGAUCACCUGGUUCCAUCUUUCAUGCUGUUGCCGAUGAAGGUAUUCCGACCAAAGAUAUUGCGACCGUGAUUGGCAAACGACUUAAUUUACCUAUCGUCUCCAAAUCUUCUGAAGAAGCUAUCGAACAUUUUGGAUUCCUUUCCAGAAUUUUGUCUUCUGAUAAUCCAACUUCAAGCACCUUGACUCAGCAACGCUUAGGCUGGAAGCCUUCGCAUCCCACACUUUUGGCUGAUCUGGUCGGUGAUGCGUACUUUUAA